CCUACCCAAGCCCUAGCCGUCCGGGCUCUCGCUCGUCCACCAUCUCGCCGUCGAUGCAGCUACCACCGCCUACGUCGCGCCAGCCAAUUGGGACCCUCGAGUGCUUCUUCGCCGACCAUGACCUUGCCGACGAGGCCGUCGUUUGGUUUUGCGUCGACACCAACCAGCGCGUCCCUUUGGUGCAGUCGUUCGAGCCCUGGGCAUUGACCUUCAAGACGAGUUUGGCAGCGAUCGGCAACGUGGUCAUGACUUUGCACCCGUGGAACGACCCGAUCGUCUUGCGGCGAAGCUGGUGCGUCGUUGAGGUCUACGUGGCCGCGACUUUGGGUGCGAGCUUUGAGAUUGCACUGGCGUGGUACCACAAGGCGCAGUUUCUCAAGGACAUUGGCUGCGAGCUCAACGCGUUUCGCGGUAUGCUGGCCACCAUCAAGAACGAGGCGUCCGAGACCACCGUGCCCAGGAACCGCGACGGUAGUUGA